AGUGGAUAUGUUGUUAAACAAAUAGUGUACAGUGUUUAAAACCGUGCACAACACAAAUUCACAAGGAGACAAUUAAAUUGCUGGCAAUUUGUAACAUUAUAAACAAUGUUUCGUGAUGGUCAAUAUUUGGAAGUAAUUAAGGCUUCAGACAAUUGUCUAGCUACAGCUGUCGUCACUGUUCAAGAAAAAGUUAUUAAGAUUAAAAAGAAAAAAGUCUCGACUAACAAGUGGCUUGAUCUCGAGGACUGGGCUGCUUUGUAUAAAAUUCUGAAGAAAGCAAUUUUACGGAAUGCCGAAGGAUCACUGGAGGAUUUCAAAAAAUACAAAUGGAAAAAAUCUACGCGACAAUUGGAUGUCACAUAUACAAUUGACCCAUCAGAAAGCGUAAAAGAUGUUACAUUAUUACCAACAAUCAGAGUAAACGUAUCUCCAGCGAAAAAGAAAGUGGAAAAAACAGAGGAACCCAAAACAACGUCGAAAGGAGUAACCCGUGACCGAAUGGUAGAAAAAUCGCACAACCAUACCAGUCGCACGCAUCAAAAGGAUAGUAAAAAUACUUUAACAAAAAAAUCGGAAAACAGCGAUGCUAUAAAGACAUCAAAUGAUACCAAAAAUAAUAGAUCUAAAAGAUAUUUACCUCUCGAGAGUGUAGAGACUGAUGCGUUAGAGGAGUAUGUACCGGAUACACCUACGACAAAGAAGUUAUGCGCAAACUUAAAUUAUAUACCGAGUAGAAAGAGUAUGUUGGAACAAAUCCAACUAUCUUCAAACGAAUAUUCACCGACGGUAUCGGAUAAUAAAAGCAUAGCAGAAGUAGUUCGAUACGUUCCGAAUUCUGUAGAUUCAUCAAAGGUAUCCUACGAAACUUAUGAACCUAGCGCGACCAAUGUUACUGAUCAUUCUGAAGAGUAUAUCCCCAAUUCAAAGGGGAUCAAAGCUUCUGUCGAAGAGUAUCAUCCAGAUUUUACCAGUAAAUUAAUGAAGUUCGAUAAUAGUUAUAUACCAUCGAGUGUACACUUGACUAAUGAACAUUCGAAGAACGUCGUUGAGAGGCAUAAAAGGUCACAGUCUGAAAAAUUUGUUAAAACAAAAUGAAAUAUUAAUCUGUUUGCCUAAGACAUAUUUUCAAAAUAAAAUAUAUGUAUGAUGUUAUAAA